AUGAUUUUUGCCAUCGCGUCCAAGCAUGCUCGCCUUACGCACGACCCCUGGGGCGGAGACGAACACGAUCAUCUUGUGUAUUUUACUCGGGCCCGCAUGCUCAGUAUGAACGACGAUACGCUCUUCAAUCAUCCUGACCUGCAGCAGGUACAGGUUGAAGGUCUGAUUGCUUUCUAUCUUCUCGCGUCUGACCAGAUCAAUCGCGCAUGGAGGAUCACAUCUCUGGCUGUUCGCUCUGCCAUUUCUCUUGGGACUAAUAUGAAGAAUACUCUUGAUAGGAUGCCGAAUGUCUCUAAAGAAGCACGCUAUAGGCUCUGGUGGUGUCUCUAUACAUUUGAACAUAUGCUUGGUAUCAUGACUGGCAGGUCUACAUGUAUCGUGGAUGGUAUCUGCACCACGCCCAUGCCGCUGCCUUUUGAGGAAGAUCAGCUACGGGAGCCUUUUGCAGCGAGACUUCUAGCGGAUGAAGACUUACGUCAGGCAUGCGUAGGGUCAGCGAUGGCAAGUUCUUACUUUCGCCAAAUGCCUCUGAAUCCAUCGAGAGGCCAAGACGCUCAGUACAUAGACAAUCCACGGAACGCCGAAUGGCUUAAAUGUCAGCCUUCGAGCCACGCCUUGUGCUACUUGCUCUAUACUGAUCUGACAGUUAUUGGCCGAGAGAUUAUCAACAGGGUCUAUUCCCCAGAUUGCGCCAACGCACCAUGGGCUCAUAUUGAGAAUCGUAUCGGGGAGCUCCGAGCGAAAAUCGAUCGCUGGUACCACAAUCUGCCCGAGACUUUUGAUUUUGUCCGCACAACAGACGGUCAGGAUCAGGAUGCGCUCCGUUCGAAACUCUUCCUGGCGUUCCACUUCUACAGUGCUCGAAUCACGUUGGGAUGGCCAUUCCUGUGCCGACGCGAUGCACGCCCGGACCCGAAUAAAAAGCCCUCCUUCGGUCAUAAGAUGGCCGAGAUAUCGCUGGAGUCAACACAGAAAAUGCUCGAUCUCUUGCCAGACCAGCCAAACGGCGCACAUCUCUACCGGAUCUGUCCCUGGUGGUGCAUAUUGCACUUCAUGAUGCAGGCAGCGACUAUCCUUCUCCUCGAGCUAUGUUUCGGUAGCAUUCAUAUGCCCGGAGAGGAGCAGAAUUUUCUGUUGGCCGCCAAGAAGGUCAUUCGCUGGCUCUAUGUCAUGUCCAAGCGCAGCGCCUCGUCACGACGAGCAUGGCAACUGUGCGAUAGCAAUCUCCGCCGAAUCGCCUAUGGCAUGAACUACGACGUCAGCGACAUGCCCGAGUUUGCUUACGAGAGCAAAUCGAACCAGUCCAUAAGGAUACAACACGAUAAUACGACUCAUCCGACACCACCAACGUAA